AUGGAAUGGGAAGAAUCGGCGGGCGCCGGGACCGUGUACUCCUGGGUCGAGGUUGCGCAUCCGGCACAUCCGGCGCUGCGCGAGUUUGGACCGUACGUGGUCGCGCUGGUCGAGUUGGACGACAUGCCCGAGAUCAAGUUGAUCGCGGUCGUUGACGCGCCGCUGGGCGGCACGAUGGAGAUCGGCGCGCGCGUGCGGGUCGUGUCGAACAGACAGCCGAGCGGAUCCUGCGCAGUCCGACUGCUGGCAGAUGGGCUGACGGCUCAAGCGCACGGCCUCGUCGGGCGGCGUUUCGCUUCCACGUCGAGCGUCAGUGACGAUCUCGUGAUGGUCCUGGCCGGCUCGCAGAUGCUGGUCCAGCUCGACGCGACCAUCAUCAACACGGCGCUGCCCGCGAUCAAGCGCGCAUUCGAGCUCUCCGAGGGUCAGUCGCUGUGGUCUGCAGACGCCUACAUGUGGUGA